AUGCUGAGAGAAGCCACUGGUCCCAUCAACUUCACCAUGUUCCUCAAACUGUUUGGAGAGAAGCUGCACGGUGAGCCCCCCCCACCCAGUCACACAGGGAGAAACUUUACACCUCGUCUCAGGCGGUUAAAGUGGUCGCUCACCUGUUGUUCGUGGGUGUUUCUGUGGUCACAACGCUGCUCCUCUCAUCGGCAGGUGAAACAGAUGUUCCAGUCAUCCAACAUCGACGCAGCAGGAAACUUGGAUUAUAAAUCUCUUUGUUACAUCAUCACACACUGGGAGGAACAGGAAGAAUAACGUGUCCACAGGAUGAAAAAUAUAUCUCGUUGUGAUGUAUCAACGCUCAGUGUUUGUCUUUCUUUGGCAUAAAAUGUAGCCCUGGUGUUCUCUUUAAAUGGACUAUACACCGACUCUCUACGGGUCUGCUGGGCCCACUGCAUCUUUAUGGCUUUAUAAGUCAUCAUAAUCAAAGAAGUUUUAAUCUAAAACAGCGUAAUGUAGCUCUGUGGAUGGGCCAGCAGCAUGCAGACCGUAAUUUGCAAAUGAAUGACGUGCCGGUGACAGUCUGAGACGCGGGUCACAUACGCGUCCAGACGC